UGUAAGGCUAGCAUGUAACAGCUGUUAACGCUAUUAAGGGUAUAUAAAAGGCUGAAAUACAUUGCAACUUUAAGUUUGACGCUAACAUCGUUACAAGACUGCAAUUAUCUACAGAAAGUGGAGUCGUGCAGAGCCCAUAGUUGCACUGAAUUGGACCUCGAGAAUUGUUCAGUUACAAAUAUUUCUGCGGCUGACUUUUACGCUCUUUCCAGUGUAACAUAUCUAAAUCUCAUGGAUAAUAGCAUUACUGUUUUAGAGAAGAAUCCUUUUAAUCCCUUCAAAAAUUUAAAGAUAUUAAAUUUGAGCUCAAAUUCCAUUACCUGUAUUGAAAACGGAAUUUUUCAGGAUCUCAAAAAGUUAACAAGCCUAAACUUAGGAUGGAACCAGAUAACCUACGUUCACGGAGAAUUAUUCGAAGGGUUAUCACGAUUAGAGGAGUUAUUUUUAAGGAAAACUCACAUGACCGCUAUAGAGAAUGGUUCCUUCAAGGGCCUCAAAAAUCUACAUAGACUAUUUUUAGAUCUAAACGAACUAACUUUUAUUAACAAAGCAAUGUUGGAAGGUUUGCAGAAUUUAGAGGAAUUGUCUUUCUGGGAAAAUAAAAUUACAUCGAUAGAAGUUGACUCUUUUAGCGAACUUUUUAUGCUAACUUCUUUAGAUUUGAGCUCUAAUAGUAUCACUGAAAUAUACGAGGAGACUUUCAGAGGGUUGCCCAACAUAAAAACUAUAGCUCUUUCCAUUAAUAAACUUCAUUCUUUUGCUCCCGAAACUUUUAGAAAUUUGUCUUCGCUUGAAUACUUGGGUUUGAAAAGAAAUUCUUUUUCCUCGCUUGAUAUGAAUUUGUUUGAAGACCUAAAAAAUUUGAAAAAUUUUUAUGUUUCGGAUACUCCUAUUGGCACUCUGAGCUCAAAUGAAUUUAAAAAACUAACUUCUCUGACUCAACUACGUUUUUCCUUCUGUCAAAUUAAUUCUAUCGACGAGAAGGCAUUUGAAAGCUUAACUAAUUUAAAAGCACUAAUUUUAUUUAAUAACUUUAUAACUUCAAUUGCCCCUAACACAUUUAAGGGACUUUCAGAUUUAAAAUUAUUGUAUUUCAACAAUAACCCCUUAACCUAUAUCUCCCCCGACGCUUUUGAUGAUAAUGUGGAUCUUAAUAACCUUAUGAUAGCGACUGAUGCGCAGUUUCCUUGUUGUUCACGCGUGGCCCUUUACAGAAGAUUCGGCACUGACUUAAUGAUGAACGAAGAAUGCCAAUAUUUCGGAAAAUUAAGAAGUUACAGUGACGCUCUCGAAGAAUUGCUCCAUAAUUGUGCAGAUCAAACUGUAUAAAGCAAUGCACACCAAA